CACUGUCCUAUCAGCGCAGCAGGGUCUUGCUUCGCCAAAGGGCAGCUGCGAAAACGCUCGUGUUUGCAACGACAAGAAGCUGCUGGGAGAAGCCAGGCCCCCGAAACCUCAAGAACCAUGGCCGAGAGCCCUGUGUCUCGCAUCCCGGUGCUGCAGCGCGCCGACAGUACAUGGACCACGGUGGAGCACAAAUUGCGCCAGCUGGACGACAUGGAUGAGGCAGGCGCCUACGUGCGCCUACUGGCUGGCAGUUGUCGGGACAUCGUGCAAGCUGCGCGUGCCAUGCAGGCACAACUCGAAGCCUCCAGGACAGAGGUGAACGCGCUGCGGCUGCAGCUGCGCAAAAGCAUGGACCACAUCACGCAGAUGGAGGAGGAACGGGAUGAGCUGCGUGGUGUGGCCCAGAAGGCUGAAUCAGAGGCGCGAGAGGCAGCCGAUGCAUUGUGCCAGAUGGCGCAGGAGCAGUCGCGACUGCGUGCUGAGUUCGAAAAGCUGCCGGUGGAUCUAGCAGACAUGCUGAGGCAGAGGCAAGAAGAACUGGAGAGACGUCUGCGCGAAUCACUCGAUGCUGUUGCCAAAGAACAGAUGGCAGCGCUGGAGGCUCGUGUGGGGGCGGAACUGAGCGACCAGCUGCAGGACCUGCAAAAAGCACAGCUCGCUGCAGAUGGUCGCCAAAGGCUUCUGGAUGAGGUGGAGCCUUGGUCUCCUACACAGCACUGCCCUUUGCAGGAGCUGCCGCUGCUGAGGAGCUCCAGGGACGCACCAUUUCGCUGGACGUUGUCAGGGUACCAAAGACUGAAGGAGGAGAGCGGACGCCAUGGGCAGCCACGGCUGUACAGUAGGCCGUUCGGCAUCGAACGGGAAGGCAGCGUUCGCUGCGUUCUCAGGCUGGUCGCGUGUCUCGGAGUACAUGCUGUCCAGGAGGCCGGUGGAGCUGUUCAGCUCGGCUUGGAGCUCCUACACUCGGCCAAGUGCUCGAAGAAGUUCGAUUUCUUCCUACGCCUGCUUGACCGCACUGGCGGCGAUCGCCACCUCGUCAAGAGCUUCUCGUCCUCAGAGCUCGCAGUGCCACGUUAUUGGUUCUCCAGGCCAGCCCUCGGCGUUGUGAGCUUCGCCGUGCUUGUUUCCGAGCAGCGCAUGCUGCGUGAAGGAUUGCUGUCCAUGGACACGCUCAGCGUUGAGGUUGGACUACAGUGAAUGCGUUCUGGUCACUGAAGAGCAUACCCGAGGCGCAAUGCGGCCCCACGUACCUGAUCAUGGAAUGGAGUGUGGUGGAGAGGAGUGUGUUGAGUUGUAAAAUCAGUAAAGAUGGUGCCAGCUGCUUUGCGUUGAACCUUGCGUUAUGGUUGGCACAUUCUCCUUUCA